AUGGAACACACAGCGAGCAAACCGUCCCUGGCGCACCUCCCAAACGAGCUUCUCGACUCAAUCGGCCUGUUGAUCUGUUCCUUUGACGAUGUGCAUGCACUUGCCUUGACCUGCCAACGUUUCAGCAAAGUCUUUCUCCCUCGUCUCUAUGAGCUCAACAGCCAGAAGGCACACCCUCACGGCGGCGCACUCGGCUGGGCGGUGUGCCGGGACGACCUUGCUCUCGCGCAGCGCGCCAUUGACACGGGGGCCCAGUUGGACAUGGGCUUCAAGCCGUGCCGCAGGCUCCUCUCCGACGACGACUUGCACUGGCUCGCGGAGCGCGAGACGUUUGGCAGCAGCUACUACGACUGGGUGACCUGCAACCCCUACCGGCUGUACUAUACGCCAAUCCACACAGUCGUCAAAUGCGUGACGACGCCGCUCGUGCAGGCCGUUUGGCGCGGCAACGUGGCCAUGGCGCGCCUCCUCCUCAGCGCUGGCGCGGAUGUCAACCGGCAGCCGUGCAAGACGCGGGCGCCGCUCGCGGUUGCGAUUGAGCGAGGCCGUUUGCCCAUGGUCCAGCUGCUCGUGGAAACGGGGCAGAUUGAUUGGGAAAAGAUGCAUGGCCAUAACUGCAAGGCCUUGGGUCUCGCCGCGCACUACAACAGCCCCGAGAUUCUCGAGUACCUGCUUCCCUAUAUCAAGGACGAGGACGAGGACGAGCUAUAUCCAAUCACAGCAGAGAUCCGCAGCGCGCUUGAAGUCGCUAUUGAGCACGGCCGCUACGGCAUGGUCGAAACGCUUCUGGCCCAUCCAAAGAUGAAUCCCAAAUGGUACCUUGUGCAACCGCUCGCGAUGAAGCAGCUCAAGGCAUUCCAGAUGAUCUGGAUGCAUCCAAGCUGCAAACGGGAAAUCAACCAGGGAGCUCAUUGCAACGCUAUCGAGAUCGCUGCUCAGCAUAAAUUGAGCGACACGGUAGCCUUUCUAAAAGAUGAUAUGAGGGAGCGCUUCCCGACCCUGUGGCAGAAACGCUAUUUUCAGAAGGAUAAAUCUCACGUUGAGGCAUCCGAGCUUGGAGACAGCGAAAGUACCUAA